AUGCUUCUGAAAUUCUCACCCUACAAUUCAUACUAUGGUCUGAUUGAUUUCACUGCAAUCAUGGCUGCUUGUGUCUCGAUGAGCUCUGGUUGUCAACUCAAGGGCGAUGUUCUGGGUUCGUCCGAAGACAGCUUGUCCCCUCAUCGACAGGAGCGCCACUCUGAGUUUGCCGUACUUUCUGCUCUGAAGGAUAUGCCUAGAGCCCGAUGCAGGAGAAAGGGCCGCCGCCAGAGACACAUCAAUUCCAGGGCGGCUCGAGCCUUGACUCAAACACGAACUCCACCACCACCAUCAUUACAAGAACCCGCAAUGCCGAGUAAAAGUUUUCUGAGAGAACUGUUGAUACAUAUCGAAGGAAGAAGUAUUCCUGCCGCCCUGCGAGAGUUAUACAUGCUGUCCGGAAUGCCAGAGGGGUUCGUGCCAUAUCAAGCCCAGCAUUUCAUUCUACAAACGAUGCAACGGUGUCUCGAACAGAAUGCGUUCCAGUUUGCCCAAAAGUGGCUAGUAUCUGAAUCGCAAGCCCUGGGAUGGACAUGUCCAGAGGCGCUUGAGCUGCAUAUCUUCUUCAGAGUUCUGGCCAAACAGCAGAGAAAGGUUCGUUCCGACACCUUUCAGGAGAUUUGCAGGACCGUCAAAGACUGGCAAGACUCUAUUUCCAACAUUCGGCAUGCUGCUGUUCACCGCCUUGCCCAAGAUCGGUCCUUGUUGAUCGAGAUGAGUCAUGCUGCCGUGGGUUUCUCUCGGGAUCUUGGCGCAUCUUCGAGUGCCGCGAAGUUCCACCGCCUCAGUAGCUUUUUGAAGAAAGUUCUUCCGAAAUCCGAGCCUAGAGGCUUUCAGCCGACCCACGACGUCGUGUCCCAAGCCUCGUCACAAAAGGCCCGUCUUGUACAUCUGAUCGACCGACUUCGUUUGCUACCAAGGCCCAUCAAAAAAGUAUUACUGCUCGUUGAGGAGGAAUUCACACUGGGAGUGCAGCAUUUCUUGCAAGAUGAAUUCCCAAUGAGGCUGAACGCAAAGGAAGAGUCGUGAUGGGGUCAGUACUCAUGGCUAACUACCCAGGGAAGGGAGACGAGGCUAGUGAGAGUUAACAACUCUAUACAGAGCAAACAUGCCGUAUCAGUCAAUUUAUAUCAAUUUGAGCCAAUCCUCAAGUAUAUUACUUCC